AUGCCGCCAACAGCGCAAAGGACCAUUUACCUUGAGCGAGCCGAUGCCGAGUCCGGAGAUUUCGAGGGCGGACAGGAGGUUGACGAUGAUGGUCGAGGAAGAGGUGGACAGGAUGUUGAAGAGACCGCCACUAGCGCUACAUCAGCCGUCUCUGGACGCCCUAGAGGGGAUAGUAAGAUUCAAGCGAACGACGUUGCCAGCACCGAUCAGAACGGAAAGACCGUGAUCCCGCGACACCAUGCCAGGAAUUGGGGAAUGGAGCGCAACUCGAAGAUCGACAAUAUCGAGGCACUCACCAAAAGCGCCAGCGAUGAAGGGAGCACGGCCACCAACUCGAAUCUUGCGAUACGACACUGGACUCUGGAGCGCGAAGCGAAGUACCAAGCGCAGAAGCUGAGGCGCGAGGAGCCACCAUCCAUCAGCACGAUUGGGACAUACAGACUCAUCGGACUCGCACCUGUGGAGACACUCGAUGGGACAACAGUAGAGAGGGGCAUAGUCUCGAUGUUCUCGAGUACGGAGGUGCCCACCGCGGUUGGCUUCAGCACAGUCGCCACUACUGCACAGGCUUCUCACGCGCGAUUCACGUAUGCGCCCGCUACAACAGUCGAGAACCACCAAACGACCAUCAGAGGACCUCCAGCCCUUGCAGCUACUUCGUCUGUGAGCCAAGGGGAACGACGCAUCGAGACUCACUUGCCGACUUCCUACGUUCUAUCGGCGUACGGGCUUCUAGUCCUUCUCUUGGUGCUGUGGUCCGUGGCAGCUCUACUCUAUGCUGUCAACUUCCCACCGAAGUUCUUGCUGCGGCAGAAAGCUACUCUUAAGCAUGGCAAGAAGCAAUACGCCAAGGUUCCAGAAGACACGAGCGAAACUGGGCACGUGAACCAAGAAAUCGGCAGCGCUGCUUUCACUACAUCAUCCGACACACCCAGCCUUGAGACGCCAUGUCUGCGCACCAGACGGCAGAAGUCUCAACAGCACACCGACAUCGAAGCCAUUGGACUCGGCAUUGAGCUGGCGGACCUGGCACCAAGACGGCAGAGGUCAUUCAUCAACAUGACCAAUAACUCACUACCAGGUCCACCAAGGAGCGCUUCUUCAUCACGAACCGCGCCACUUCCACCGCGGAGCCACUGUAGGCACACGCCAAUAAUUGUGCCCAACCAUAUUCCGGACAUCGAGAAUGGCCUGACGGUCACCAAGCAUGAUUACAAUAGCACCUACCUUUCACCGUAUCGCUCGAGUCCGUACGCUUCGUCAGACGACUCGCCGCCGGGAUCAGGGAGCUCGAGUCGUUCUGCGUCGCCACAUCGAGUACUGAAGAGGGUCGGGGAUGGGAUUGAGUAUCUGGCGGACAAGGCGGUGAAGAUGAUGCAUGAUCAGAUGAAGGAGGAUCCUGAGGAGGAUCUGGUGCUUCCGGUGAGGGAUUGUGAGAGGGAGAGGCGGGGAGACGGCUUGAAGAAGCGGUAUUGA